AACUUACCGCAUGGAAAGAGGAAAAACUUUUAUAGUGAGGGCACUGAAUUGCAGAAGUAGCUGUUUCAAACAGACAAACAUUGCUUCUUCGUGCGCUUUCCUCUACACGCUCACGUGAAUCCCGUGAUCAGAGACGUAUUUUUAGCAUACGCUGACAUAUUUCCAUAAAUUCAGUAAUAUGCAUUCAAUAGAGUAAUAAUCUCCGCGGCUUUGUUAACGCUACCCACAUUUAUUCGCCAGGGUGUAUAUUUGACACAAACAAUUUUACGUAGGUAAAUUUCUUCUGUCUUGAUUGAAUAACGUUAUUCAAACAGAGGAAACUGACAUACGAAUGACAAUCUGGCGGCAGUAAAAGUGAAUAACGAUCGAAACGGUUUUGUAAUUGCCGUUCCAAACUUCGGCCUCUUCUUAACGAUAAAGUUGCAGUCGUUAUUUUGUAGCUGCUCGGUUACUUCCCCACAGACAUUAGCUUUUUAAUAAGGCUCAAAGAGUUUACCAGUUCGCCGCUGCAGAUAUACAGGUGCGAACUAUUAAGUUCCUUGACCUAAUAUCGCAGUCACAGGACACAUCAUUAUCUCUGCUUCCCAUCCCUUCCACGUGUGGACCAAUCAGAGAGGAAACCUCUGGUGACAGAGGGGCCAAAGAAUUUCUCGUGGGAGUUGCUUGCUGGGCGUCAUCUCAAGCGCAUUGUCCCAGGACAGAUUUUUAUUUUUCGGUCUUCUGCUUUAGUUUCGGUAACAGUGCGGUUAACAUUUGCUUCUCUGGGGGCACCCACUGGAAGGCAAACUGGUGUUAUCUCUGGUUAAUGUUAUACCGAGAAAAUUGGCGGAAAACGACAAGGAGAAGAAGAAAAUGUCAACAACAGACAUCGUGAAGAUGCCCUUCCUCGCCACAAGAACCGUGCCCGACGUUCGCCGCCGGAGAACUGGAGCUGUGAUUGGGCCCGACGCGCCAAUCAUAUUCCAGCACGACUCGGGCGGUUUCCUCGGUCACGUGAUGGGCCGCUGCAGGAAAAUCUCUCCCGGGCUCAUGCCGCCUGGCUCGCCCGGUAUUUUCCGGCGGAAAACAUCCAACUGCACAGGCCCGGACGGCUUAGGUCCGCAUUUGGCCGCCAGAGCUUCCAUCGGAGAUAUUCUCGCUCACAAAAUGGCGACGACUGGUGCCGGCUCGACGACGCAAGGCUGGCCCAACUCUAAGGAUGACUACGAACUGAAGGAAGUUAUCGGUGUCGGAGCAACAGCAGUUGUUCACGGCGCUUUUUGCAAACCACGGCAAGAAAAAUGUGCCAUCAAACGAAUAAAUCUGGAAAAAUGGAACACGAGCAUGGACGAAUUGCUGGAGAUCCAGGCGAUGUCGUCGUGCAACCACGAGAACGUGGUGACGUACUACACGUCGUUCGUGGUGCGCGAGGAGCUGUGGCUGGUGCUGCGUCUGCUGGAGGGAGGCUCGCUGCUCGACAUCAUCAAGCACAAGAUGCGCGUCGCAGACUGCCGCCACGGCGUCUUCGACGAGGCCACCAUCGCCACGGUGCUGCGCGAGGUGCUCAAGGGGCUCGAGUACUUCCACAGCAAUGGCCAGAUACACAGGGAUAUAAAAGCCGGUAACAUCCUUCUGGGUGAGGACGGCACAGUGCAGAUAGCAGACUUUGGCGUGUCGGCGUGGCUGGCGACUGGCAGAGACCUUUCGCGGCAGAAGGUGCGCCACACUUUUGUCGGCACCCCCUGCUGGAUGGCGCCAGAGGUCAUGGAACAGGACCACGGGUAUGACUUCAAAGCUGACAUAUGGUCUUUCGGCAUUACAGCCAUAGAGAUGGCCACAGGAACCGCACCGUACCACAAAUACCCUCCCAUGAAGGUUCUGAUGCUGACACUGCAGAACGAUCCGCCGACACUGGACACGGGGGCAGAAGAGAAGGACCAGUACAAGGCGUACGGCAAAACGUUCCGCAAGAUGAUUGUCGAUUGUCUGCAGAAGGACCCCUCCAAGAGACCAACAGCGAGUGAGCUGCUGAAGCACCCAUUCUUCAAAAAGGCCAAGGACAGGAAAUAUUUGCAGUCCACUUUGGUUGCUAUCGGUCCCAGCCUGGAGACGAGGGUGCAGAAGGCAUCCAAAAGGCAGCCCGGAGCAUCGGGGCGGCUUCACCGCACAGUGACUGGCGAGUGGGUGUGGUCUUCAGAGGACGAGGAGGGCGACUCGUCAGACGAAGACCGCGUGAAACCCAUGAACAACAUCGACACGGUGGGCUCGUCGGGCAGCGAGAGCGACAAACACGAGGAAGGGGGAGGCAGCAGCAGCGCGGGGGGUGGCAGCGGAGGCAGCACGGCGUCCGGACACUCGCAGCAGACGGGCGGCGCGGCUGCGCAGCAGGCGCUGGCGGGCGCUGCGGCGGUGCAGGGUGCCGGCGAGCGGCUGGCGGCGAUGAGCCUCGGCAUGGGCGUGCCGCCGGUGCCCCCGCAGCAGCAACAGCAGCAGACGCUGGCCGCCAUGCAACACGUCAUGGAGCCCGUGCCCAUCAAUCUGGUGCUGCGCAUGAGGAACCCACGCGGCGAGCUGAACGACAUCCGGUUCGAAUUCGCCCUGGGCAAGGACACUGCGGACGGGAUAGCCGGGGAACUGGUGGGUGCGGGGCUGGUGGACGGCCGCGACGUGACGGUCAUCGCCCUCAACCUGCACCGUCUCAUCCAGCUGGCCGUCCAGCCGCCCAACCCUGCCAUGCCGCACAUCGCCAGGACCGUCACCUUCAUGCUGACAUCCAGCCAAGCCAUGAACGAGCCACUGGACGAGAAGGCCCUGAUCGGCUUUGCGCAGAUCUCGAUAACGGACUGAGAAGUGCCGGGGGAGUGUGAUUGAGGGGUGGACGGACACUGGUGCAUAGUGAGUCGAGUGUACAGGGUAUCACACCCUCUCUGCCGUCCUGUGGGGGAGAGGCUACAGACUGUUCAGUGUGUGGCACUUUUGUGCCAUUUGUGGAGGCGGAGGCGGAGGUUGUAAAAACUGGCCGGUUUGAGCUCCCGGCUCUUGGCAACGUAUACUACAUUGGGAAUGGCAGACACACAUUUUAUGGAGAGCUCGAGUGUUUUAAAUGAGACAGUGAAAUAUGGUGCAUGCAAAUUGUAAUUCUUUCCUUCUUUGUAGUUGGAAGAGGAGUGAGGAUAUUGUUAUUAACUCUGCUCUAUCUGUUACUGUGGUUCCUCUAAACAAGAGUGCAAAGGAAUUUCUGGCCAAUGUUGUCUUUAAUUUAAUCACAUUUACUUUUUUCCCUCCUCGUGUAAAUAAAUGAUUUUAUUUCAGUUACAGCA